AACUGGACACUUGAAGCUGUUUGACAGAUCCUAGUCUUCACUCUCCAUUCACUGUCCUUAGCAAUCAAUGGAAAGCAUUAACAGCCAUGCGAAUGGGGAAGUCAACGGCAAUUAUAUCGGCAGCUACAAUAACGUGGCGGCAGACGUAAAGAAGGUUUUAAAGCUGAGCCAUUGCAAGAAGGAAGAGUGUGAGCAGGACAAGCUACCAGCUCUGGAGAAGGCAUACAGCACAAUCCUCCAAGAGCUGGGAGAAGACCCUGGCAGGGAAGGACUUCUUAAGACUCCCAGCAGAGCUGCCAAAGCCAUGCAGUUCCUUACCAAGGGAUACAAGGAAUCAAUCCACGAUGUGCUGAAUAAUGCAAUAUUUAACGAAGACCACGAUGAGAUAGUAAUCGUCAAGGACAUUGAAAUUUUCUCACUCUGUGAACACCAUCUUGUACCAUUUUUUGGCAAGGUACACAUUGGAUACUUACCAAACAAAAAAGUUGUUGGACUGAGCAAAUUGGCAAGGAUUGUUGAGAUCUUCAGCCGUAGACUACAAGUUCAAGAGCGACUCACAAAGCAAAUUGCAUUAGCGAUUAACGAGGCGCUGCAGCCCAUCGGGGUGGCCGUGGUCAUGGAAGCUUCACACAUGUGCAUGGUUAUGAGAGGAGUGCAGAAGAUGAACAGUCGGACAGUCACAAGCACAAUGCACGGGGCCUUCAGAGACGACCCCAAGACCAGGGAUGAAUUCCUUUCACUGAUACACAAUUAACACAUCGCAAUGAAAGCCAAGACUGCAAGUUUGUUUACUGAACAACUCAACUGUCAUUUUAAUAAUGUAAAAAGCACUGGUGCUAACACUUACACAAGUUUUAUUGUAAAACAGACAAACGAAAUACAAAUGUUUAAAAACAA